GUGCUCCAGCCCGCACCCGCAGCCUUCCCCCCCUGCCCUCGCAGGCGGGCCCCGGCGCCGCCUCCUCCCCCGGUGCCACCGCGGCCGGGAGCUUUAAAGGCGGCGGCGGCGGGGGGCGGCUGGUGGCACCAUGCGGCGGGCGCUCGGCAUCCUCGGCUGCUGCCUGGCGCUGCUGCUGCCCGCGGCGCGGGGCUCCCCGGCGCCCCGGCCCGGCGCCGCCGCAGAUGCUGCUUGCAAAAACCGGCCUCUAGACCUUGUGUUCAUCAUAGACAGUUCCCGUAGUGUCCGAACCGAAGAGUUUGAGAAAGUGAAAAUCUUCCUAUCAAAAAUGAUUGAUACGCUGGACGUUGGUGAAAGAGCAACCCGUGUGGCAGUCAUGAAUUAUGCCAGCACUGUCAAGGUAGAGUUUCCCCUCCGGACCUACUUUGAUAAAGCCUCUAUGAAGGAGGCUAUAUCUCACAUCGAGCCUUUGUCUGCUGGCACGAUGACUGGCCUUGCCAUCCAAACUGCCAUGGAUGAAGUCUUCACUGAGGAAAUGGGUACCCGGCCAGCAAACUUCAAUAUCCCCAAAGUGGUCAUUAUUGUGACAGAUGGACGGCCACAAGACCAGGUUCAAGAUGUGGCAGCAAGCGCCCAGGCAGCUGGCAUUGAGAUCUAUGCCGUUGGGGUGGACCGGGCAGACAUGCAGUCCCUGAGGAUGAUGGCCAGUGAUCCACUGGAUGAACACGUCUUUUAUGUGGAGACCUAUGGUGUGAUUGAAAAGCUGACAUCCAAAUUCAGAGAGACCUUCUGUGCUGUGAACAUGUGCGCACUCGGGACCCAUGACUGUGAGCAGGUCUGUGUGAGUAGUGGUGGAUCCUACGUUUGUGAUUGCUAUGAAGGCUACACUCUUAAUCCAGAUAAGAGAACUUGCUCGGCUGUAGACAUGUGUGCACCUGGAAGGCAUGACUGUGAUCAGGUCUGCGUGAGUAACAACAGAUCCUACAGCUGUGAGUGCUAUGAAGGCUACACCCUGAAUCCAGAUAAGAAGACUUGCUCAGGUAUGGAUAUGUGUGCACCUGGAAGGCAUGACUGUGGACAGAUCUGUUUGAGUAAUGAUGGGUCCUACAGUUGUGACUGUUACGAAGGAUACACUCUGAAUACAGAUAGGAAGACUUGCUCAGCUGCUGACAUGUGUGCACCAGGAAGGCAUGACUGUGAGCAGGUCUGUGUGAGAGAUGAUCUGUUCUACACCUGUGAUUGCUAUCAAGGCUACACCCUGAAUCCAGACAGGAAGACUUGCUCAAGAACUGAUGUAUGUGCACCAGGGAUGCAUGAGUGUGAGCAGGUCUGUGUGAAUAAUGAUGGAUCGUAUACCUGUGACUGCUAUGAAGGCUUUACCUUAAAUCCAGAUGAGAAAACAUGCUCAAGGGCUACAACAAGCAGUCUUGUAACAACUGAAGAGUCCUGUAAGUGUGAAGCUAUAGCUGCAUUGCAGGACUCGGUCACCUCGCACCUUGAAGCCCUGUCCACGAAAAUAGAUGAAGUGUCUCAGAAGUUGCAAGCAUAUCAAGAGAGACAGCAGGUUGUCUGAGCUAUCAUUCUACUUAAUUUUAAAAUGAUCUUUCUGAAGCAUUCAUUUUUAUUGCAUUCAGCAAGCUUUAUUUCAUUGCACAGCUUACAAAACAGCAGUUGGUUUGGUAUUGUUGACCAGAUGUCAAGAAGACUUGAAGAAGACUUCAGGAAUACAAUGGUUUCAAUAAAACAGUGACCUGAGGGUCUUCAUAUGCGGUCACUCUGUAACCGUAAAGCUAUCUAUACCUGCUGUACCUCACUCAGUACUACAAAUAGUAUAGUAGGUAAUGUUUUUCUGCAGUAACUAUAUUUUUAUUUUUUUAUUUAAAAGUAAAUACAGGAAAAAGCUGUUUUUGAAUGCAUAGAGUAUAUCACAUCAUAUAAAACUGUGAAAGGCAAAGGCAAAGUAAAAAAUUGCCUGUAGCAUCUGUCCAUUAAAUGGGAGAAACAUUUGAGGUCUUGUGACUUAUUUUAAUAAAAUAAAGAUCAGCACACUAGUGUUGGAAGCUUUUUUUUGUGUGUGUAUAACAUAACGUAUGUGUGUUAUGAAUUAAUGUUAAAGUGUUUAAUAAAAACAAGGAAACAAAAACAGUUAAAGAUAAAUGAGGUGUAAAUGGAAGAAAUCCACGACACUAAUCAGGACACCGUCCUUGAGUCACACAGAUGGAAAAAGAACAGUUUGAUCAAGUAUUAAGCAUUUAAAAUACUUUGUAUUUUAAAACUUACAAAUCUUUGUUCAUAUAGGUAGAAGGUUUAAUAGCAUUUUAAAAUAUUAAUAAUGUUCUACACCUGGAAGGGAUGAAGGGCCUACUCCAACUUAAGAUUUUUAUCCUGCAAGAUUUACUUAUGUUAGUAGUCCCUUCUGUUGUCAUUCUAAGGGUAUUACUGGGACUAUUUCUGCCAGUAAGUAAAACACGUAAGUUGACAACUUAAAAAUUCCAUUGUUAAAGAAAACCCACCCAUUUUGCAUACUUGCAUGUGUAAUCACCCAAAUGCUUUAGAAACUGUUUUAAAAUAAAUUAGAGGAGAAGUCAAAACAGUUUUUUUUUUAGAACUCAAAAGUCCAAAUUAUUUUGUAUAACACACAAUACUGUAAUUUACAAUUUGGCAGUACAGUUACACAAAAUAUUAAAUACACAGCUGGUAUGGUAAAGACAUAUAAUGAGAGCUAUGCUGUCAUUGUACUCUGCACGAUAGAUACAAACUUUUGCAAAGAAAAUCAGCUGGAGAGUGUAUAAUAUUCAGAUCUGUAUGGACAAAUGCUGCUGGACAAUCAUGGACAUUCUCCUAGUUAGUGGCAAGAAUAAGGAAAGUAAGAGAGUGCAAAGCUGAAGAUCUUUUAGUAGGACAAAAACAUAGUAUGCCUCAUCCCAUUUCUUCAUAUGCUUUUAUUCUAAAAUAUGCAAGGUAAAAUAGAAUAAAGAAUUGCAUAUAUAUUUGAGUGAGACUUUAGUAUGUCUACACAGUAAUGUUAAGUCGGAAUGUAAUACUAAAUAGCACAGGAAAAAGAAAAUGUGGCACAGCUUCCACCAGGGCUAAAAAUGAGGCUAUAUACCCUCCAAUAAUGCUGGAUUAGUAUGUGGUUGCUAGUCGUGUUGUGUCCCCACUGGUUUUACUUGCUCUAGCUCAAUUCAAGGUAGCAUGUGACUAUCUAACUGUGCUACAGUUUCUUCCUCAAAAUGCGGUGUAUUCGUAUUUUUUCUGUCACUCAGGGGGGAGUCUUUAGCUACAGCUUUACUUUGCUUACAUUCAUGUCCGCUGCUUAAACACACAUAUUAUAUAAGGAUUUAUAGGACAAGAAGUAUAAGCCUUGGCCUCCAUUAUCCAUUUAAAUUAUACACAGCAAUGUUGUAAUUUGUGGGAAUAAACAAGUUGUUAAGCUCACACAAGACUUUUCAACUUCUUGGCAAUUAGGAAUGGAUUACAUUACUCCCAUUUAUACUAAGGCCAGUUGUCAAAUGAAAGGUAUAAUUUUAUAUGAUAGUGGAAAAUUGUCCUGGGGGCCAGAGCCGUCUUGCAAGUUUUCAGCUGGAUAGGCUUUGUUUAAUGCAUUGCUAUUCAUAACUCCAUUUUGUUAGAGAUGAGAGUAUUUAUAUUCAAUUCCUCUGGGCAAUGAUCUUGUCUCACUUUGUAUUUAUGAGCACCAGACAAACUUCCAAGUGAUUUCUUUAAAAUAGGACAUAUCAGCAUCAGCGCUUAACUGACUGAACUUUUAAAACUUUUUAUUCUGAAUAUAGACUGUACUCAUUGCUAUGGAAUGUAUAAUUAUACUCUAGUUUAAUUAUCGGGGCAUGCAGAGAACUGUUAUGAAAAAGAACUAAACUUGUUUUUUUUGCAUGAUAUUUGUUAAUUACAUUUAUUAUGUUUAAAAAUUUUCUAAAUUACCAUUAGCCAUCAUACUCAGUUCUAAGAUGCUUACAAGAGUUCAACCAGCUUUGCUUUAUAGUUCUUUCUAUGUGCUUCUAAACUGACAUCAAUUACUAAAUUGGAUGCUCAAUGCUGCUUACUUUUACAUGUCUAUGUACCUUCAGUAAAAUGAUGUGAUGAUAACCAA